AGAAGAAGAAGAAGAAGAAGAAGAAGAUUGCUGAAUGAGUACUAUUGGGCUAGGCAGAUCAACAGGCAGCAUUACCAGUGGAUAGGAAUGUGACUGUCAGCACAGGGACCUGAUUUCACCAGGUCAGGCAAAAGUGUUCAGGACAGUCAAAGGAUGUGAGCUGUCAAAGACCCCGUGUAACCGCGUGUCCUCACCCCCUGCAGCUGUGUGAUCAUAGGUAUGUCAGUCUCUCGAGGCUCUAGUUGAGUUUACAAAUAUAACAGAAGGCCUGGACCCCGCUCUGAAUGGAUGAAGCGUGCGGGGAAGCUCCCCAGAUUCUGAUGGGAGAUGAGGUAGACCUUCACAGAGGACUCAGUUUGGGGCUGAAAUAACCAGGGAGACCGCCAGAGCCUGGAAGGCAUGAUCAGUGCCCUCAAUGGUCAGAAAGGAGAAAAGGGAAGAUUCUGAGACACAGCAGGUGCCCUUGCCAUUCUGGGCACUAUGUUAGGGGUGUCUCACCUUCUGGCCCCACUGCCCCCUCGAAAAGCCUGCCAGACAUGUGGGUUUUGCAGAUGAAGGAAUGUAAGCAGGGUGGUGGAUGAAGUUAUCGCUGCUGCCCCUGCUGCCCAGCUCUCUGCUUAGUACUCAUCUGAGCUUUCCUAAUUCAGAUUCGCCAUGAUUGAAGACAAGGAGAACAAAGAGCAUUCUUCAGAAAGGGGGAGAGUGACCCUCAUUUUUUCCUUAAAGAAUGAAGUUGGAGGACUCAUAAAAGCACUGAAAAUCUUCCAGGAGAACCACGUGAACCUGUUACAUAUCGAGUCCCGGAAAUCAAACCGAAGAAAUUCAGAGUUCGAGAUUUUUGUUGACUGCGACAUCAACAGAGAACAGCUGAAUGACAUCUUUCCCCUGCUGAAGUCCUACACCACUAUCCUCUCUGUGGACUCCCCCGAUCAGCUCACUGUGAAGGAAGACGUUAUGGAGACUGUUCCUUGGUUUCCAAAGAAGAUUUCUGACCUGGACUUCUGUGCCAACAGAGUGCUGAUGUACGGAUCUGAACUCGACGCGGACCAUCCUGGCUUCAAAGACAAUGUCUACCGUAGAAGACGGAAGUAUUUUGCAGAGUUGGCUAUGAACUACAAACAUGGGGACCCCAUUCCCAAGAUUGAAUUCACAGAAGAAGAGAUUAAGACCUGGGGAACCAUCUUCCGAGAGCUGAACAAACUCUACCCAACCCAUGCCUGCAGGGAGUACCUCAGAAACCUUCCUCUGCUCUCGAAACACUGUGGCUAUCGGGAAGACAACAUCCCGCAACUGGAGGAUGUCUCUAACUUUUUAAAAGCAUGUACGGGGUUUUCUAUCCGUCCUGUGGCUGGUUACCUCUCACCAAGAGAUUUCCUGUCAGGGUUAGCCUUCCGAGUCUUUCACUGCACUCAGUAUGUGAGACACAGUUCAGACCCCCUCUAUACUCCAGAGCCAGAUACCUGCCAUGAACUCUUAGGUCAUGUUCCUCUCUUGGCUGAACCCAGUUUUGCUCAAUUCUCCCAAGAAAUUGGCCUGGCUUCCCUUGGAGCUUCAGAGGAGACUGUCCAAAAACUGGCAACGUGCUACUUUUUCACUGUGGAGUUUGGUCUGUGCAAACAAGAUGGACAGCUGAGAGUCUUCGGUGCUGGCUUGCUUUCUUCCAUCAGUGAGCUCAAACAUGCGCUUUCUGGACAUGCCAAAGUUAAGCCCUUUGAUCCCAAGGUUGCCUGCAAGCAGGAAUGUCUCAUCACAACCUUCCAGGAUGUUUACUUUGUAUCCGAGAGCUUUGAAGAUGCAAAGGAGAAGAUGAGAGAAUUUACCAAAACUGUAAAGCGCCCGUUUGGAGUGAAGUACAAUCCGUACACUCAGAGUGUUCAGGUUCUGAGAGACGCCAAGAGCAUAACCGGCGCUGUGAAUGAGUUGCGGUAUGACCUCGAUGUCAUCAGUGAUGCCCUUACUAAGGUCAGCAGGCAGCCCAGUGUGUGAUCGUCUCCAGUCUGAAUCCAGAAAGCCAAUGAGCAUCAGUUCAGAGCCAGGGCCACCUCUUGCUUCCCCCAAGAUCUGCUUGAGGAAGGACAGCAGCUCCCGGGUUAACAAAGUCUCCCAUCUCUUUCUGUCUCUGAAAAUGCACACCUGGAUGCUUCAGCCACAGCGAACUUCUACUUUUGUUUUGUGUUUUGGCACCUGCUUAGGGAAAUAUAAUUCACAUGCCAUGUGAUUCACCAAAUUCCCAUUUAAAAUAUUUAUUUCAUUAAAAUAUAAUUAAAUCAUUUUCCCCUUCCCUUUCUUCCCUCCAACCCCAUCCCCCGCUAUAAUGGCCUUUGUCCCGAAUGCCCAUUUUUUGAUGGGCAAGUUGUUUGACACUGGUAAGAGCUGGUCUCAUCCCAGUCUGUCAUUAGCAAAUGGUCACUUUGGAUGCCUUGACAAGCAUGUCUGUAUCUGUGACCUGUCACCACCUUUGUAACAGCUCAGGCGUGUUCUCACACUAGAUGUACAGGAGACUAGCUGUCCCCGUUGCUAGCAUGGACAGAAGUGCAGAUGGCUUGGUCCUAGAGCAUGACUGGUAAGAGCAAGCUGGCUCCAAGUGCAAUGUCCGACGGGGACACAAGUCACCAAGACUCCGCCAGGCAUGGCAGCGCCUGCGAUCCCAGCUCUCCCUGGCACUUUAUCUCAAGGUGUCACACUAGGACAUAAAUGAGAAGACAGUGAGGGAAGAAGGUAGGACAUGGGGAAGGAAAAGGAGAGGGGCCAAGGAGAGCAGUCUGGGCCUGAGAGUGUAAUUGUGUGAGGACAGUGAGGACGGCAGCACAUGUGGUCUCAGCUGUGCAGCAUUAGCGUAAGCAGUUGUGGAAACUUUUCAUUACUGUGACAAAGUGCCAGAAGCAAUCACCUUAUAAAGAAGAAAAGUUUAUUUUGGCUCAUGUUUGGAUGCUUUGGUCCAUUAGAAGCUGUUCCUGUGUUUUAAGUCUGUGGUGAAGCAAGGAAUGGUGGGAGAAUGUGGCAGAGCAAAGCUAUAAACUUCAUAAAGGAUGUAAAGAGAAAGAGGGAAGGACUGAGAGAAGGAAGAAGGGAGAAAGAGAGGAAGAGAGGGAGGGAUGAGGAGGGAGACACAGAGAGAGGAGGGGAGAGAGAGAGAGAGAGAGAGAGAGAGAGAGAGAGAGAGAGAGAGAGAGAGAGAGAUCCUACAGUACAGUUUAAGAGUUCACUACUACCAGGGUAGGAUGGAGGGCUCAGCAGUUAAGAACACUAGCCACUCUUUUAGAGGGCCUGAGUUUGAUUCCCAGCACCCACAUGGUGGCUCACAACCAUCUGGAACUCCAGUUUUAGGGGAUCCAAUGUCUUCUGGUCUCCGUAGAUAUCAGGCAGGCAUGCAUAUGGUACACAGCCAUACAUGGAGGCAAAACAUCCAUACAGAUAAAAAAAUUAAAAAUUCCACCUCUGUUUCUCACAUAAUAGUAAAAUCAUAUACCAUACCAUUGAACAUGCUUCAAGCCCACUAGAUUUUUUUUUACACUAGAUUUUUUAAAAAUCUUUUUAAGACUUCAGAGGAAAUUGUUAAAAGCUGUAUUGUUGUUGGUCUUUCUUGUCAGACUUUCUUUGGGACUGCCAGCUCCAAAAUAAUGACAAGGAGACUUAUUAUUAAUUAUGAAAGCUUGGCCUUUAGCUUAGGCCUGUUCUCAGCUGGCUCUUAUAACUUCAAUACCUGUUUCUUGUCAUCCAUGCUCUGUCACGUGGUUUCUUGCCUCUCCUCAAUUCUGUUUGGACAACUUGCUCUAUGUCUCGGUGGCAUCUCCUGUCUGCCUAGAUUCAUCUCCAAGUUCCUCUCUCUGCCCGGAAGUCCCGCCUAACCUCUCCUGCUUAGCUAUUGGCCAGUCAGCUUUUUAUUAAACAAAUCACAAGGACAGAACUUCACAGAGUAUACAAAUAUCCCACAAUACUUUGUUUCAUUCCAUGCUCUACAAGGAAGCAGAUCAAGGAAGAACAAAUCAGCCAUCUCAGAUCUUUGUAAACAUUCUCAUUUUAACAGCUGUUGAGCAUAUAUAUGGCAGUGAGUAGAUAUGUUAGUUCAUCCAAAACCAUUUGAGAUAGAGACCAGCUAGUUUAUAGUCUGCUUGGUUACCACGGAAAGCACUGCAAAGAAAUCAUAACAGACAGCAAACAGGGAACCCAGCUGCUGUGUCUGGUUAUUCUCACAGGACUUCGAUGAUGCUGGAGAAUCCCAGUUAACGGGAUUUAAAUGAUGGUGCUUAAUCCUUGCUGGGACUAAAGCACUUUAAAAUAAAUAGUAAGCCGGGCGGUGGUGGCGCACGCCUUUAAUCCCAGCACUCGGGAGGCAGAGCCAGGCGGAUCUCUGUGAGUUCGAGGCCAGCCUGGGCUACCAAGUGAGUCCCAGGAAAGGCGCAAAGCUACACAGAGAAACCCUGUCUCGAAAAACCAAAAAAAAAAUAAAAUAAAAUAAAAUAAAAUAAAUAGUAAAGUCACAACCUUAUCAUUAGUAGCUUCAAGAUAGUGGAAAUGUUUAGUGAUGAGCUCAACUGCAUCUAACCUCUGGAUCAUGAUAUUUGGCAAAUCAGGGAUCCAAGAGUUUUAGAAUUUUCAAAAUACCUAAGAAAUUUUAAAUAAUUAUUCAUACACCAGGACAGAAUGGAAUCAAAAGCAUGGCUUGCAAUUCUUUACCUGAGAGCCAUUCCUUGUCACAAGUAGUAUGUUUGACUUUUUUUUUUGAAGAAAACACAAAUGCGAAUCAUCAGAAUGCCUAUGUUCCUUAACUUCAUGCUUUGGCAUCUGGAGUUACAGAAGUAGCAAGAUACAGCAACAUGUACAGAAUCAUUGACCGUUUGUAAGCUGGUGUAGCUGGAGUUUUCCUGCCUGGCCCACAGUCAGGGCAAAUCUCUCUCACCCGCCAGUACCAAGCCGCUCAAACCCGAUCAAGUAAACACAGAGACUUAUAUUGGUUACAAACUGUAUGGCCGUGGCAGGCUUCUUGCUAACUGUUCUUACAGCUUAAAUUAAUCCAUUUCUAUUAAUCUAUACCUUGCCACGUGGCUUGUGGCUUACUGGUACUUUACAUCUUCCUUAUCCUGAUGGCGGCUGGCAGUGUCUCCCUCACCCAGCUUUCUGUUCUCUCAAUUCUCCUCUCUGUUAGUCCCGCCUAUACUUCCUGCCUGGCCACUGCCAAUCAGUGAUUUAUUCAUUGACCAAUCAGCAACACAUUUGACAUACAGACCAUCCCACAGCAAGCUGGCUUCCAGGGAAAGAAACAAGCGAGGACUUCUCAAAAGCAAUAAAUAACGGAGACCAUAUGUUAAUGUCCGUGAAGUGGAUAAAGAUAACUGUGAUCCAUUUCGCUCUUGUCCUCAGUACGCUGUGUAAUGUACAUUUAUAAUUUAAAAGUUUGUUAUCCCACUGGACAAUAAACUCAAGGUUCAUGUU